AUGGAUAGCAGUGCUUGUCAGAAGAACUUUUCAGUUUCUCCUAGUAAUAAUGAAACUGAAACUCCUCUACUUAAGGUUAAGAAUGUUGCAAGAAAAUGUAGAUUUAUGUCAAUUUCUCCAGUGGCUGAGGAAACCAAUUCUCCCUCGGCAAAUCUUACAAAAAGUAGCAACAGCAAAGAUUGGCUUUUGAGUUCUGAAGACAAGUCAGAAAAUGUUGAACCAGUUCACAAGUUCAAAAGGCUGCGGAAAGUUGGAGAUAUUGGGGAGAAAAGAAAUUCAAAGGGAACAAAAGAAAAUUCUACACUCCGUAUCAAAAACCUUAAUAAAUCCUUUUCAGGUAAAAUGAAGGGAGUUGGCAAUGCCAGGGCCUUCAUUGAGGAGGAAGCUGAAGUAUCUUCGGAAGCUGAAAUAUCUGAUGACGAGGCAGAUGACUCAGGAAACAGUUCAUAUGAUGAUAGUUUCAUAGAUGACAGGAUAAAUCCAACAGUGGCAAGUACUGAAACUGAAGCUAGCAGAGCUGACAUGAUGGCAGUUUACAGGCGUUCUUUGCUCAGCCAAUCACCAAUGGUGAGGGAAUCUAGUUCUAGUGCCACCUUCACUCCUGAUUUUGGGGCUUCCACAAGCAGAAUGAAUGGAAGUGGAAGUUCCUCAGCCAAGACAUUGUUUUCUGUUCGGACACCUCAAACUGAUUCAGCAAAUCAGUCUGCUGAAAGGGAUUCAGGACCCAUCCAAAUCAACCCAGAGACGAGGAUCUCUGCAGCAAGGCCCUGUACAACGAGUGAUUCUCAGAGAGAGAACGAGACGAAGUCAGAAACCAGGAAAAGAAAAUUGAGUUUUCGUCAAUCAUCAUCUAUUCCAAUACUCAACUUAGAGCGAGAGUUCUCUUCACAGUCGGAGGUCCAAGAAAAAGCAUCAUUCCAGCAACAUCUAGCAGACAAAACUGAUGCCAACGGGGACAUCUUCUAUGAUGAUCAAUUUUUUGCCACUCUUGAUCUUGAUGCUGUAGAAGAACAAGCUACAUUACUUCUCAAACAAAGAUCAGAGCUGUCGGUACAAAAGCAGGAUGUGAUUCUAAAAUCGGAGCUGCAAAAUCUUGACCUCCAAAACUAG